CAUUGUUGUUCACCUUUAGAACCCGUGGAGUGCAAAUUGACGAAGGAUGGAGACGAAUAUGUUGGGAUUAUGAACGAAGUGGCAAAUGUUGAGAUCAGGCCAAUGAAGUGCCAAUCUUGGUUGAGUCAGGCGACCAACAAACAAGUCCCAAUGCCGAGCCUGGAAAAAUUCCCUGACUCAGCUAUAGACAGCAGUCACAACUACUGUCGCAAUCCGAACCGAAAUCCGGACGGUCCAUGGUGCUACGCAGAAACAUCUAAUGGCAAUGGAUGGCAAUAUUGCGAAGUCCCCUUCUGUUUUCAAGCAUAUGAACGUUCUGCUGUCAAUGGUGACCCGGCAGUAGGAUACCCAGAAUGUCUGCAGACGGAAAUGGGGAAGGAAUACGUGGGGACGGUUAGGAAGACAGAGACAGGGAAGUCCUGUCUCAAGUGGAGUUCCAUGACAUCGUUUUUCGAAUUCUUCAGAAACACCCUGGGCUUUGAUCAGAUGAUAGGUUUUGAUGGUCAUUUCCGAUAUGGGACGCCUGCUUUGCAUGAGAACUUCUGCAGAAACCCGACAUUGAAGGAGCGACCAUGGUGUUUCGUCAAAAGCUCGGGAGAAUGGGAGUUUUGCAACAUCUCCCUCUGCCUCAACUACCCAAAACCCAUGGAGUGCAAAUUGACGAAGUAUGGAGACGAAUAUGUUGGGAUUAUGAACGAAGAGGCAAAUGUUGAGAUCAGGCCAAUGAAGUGCCAAUCUUGGUUGAGUCAGGCAACCAACAAAGAAGUCCCAAUGCCGAGCCUGGAGAAAUUCCCUGACCCAGCUAUAGACAGCAGUCACAACUACUGUCGCAAUCCGAACCGAAAUCCGAACGGUCCAUGGUGCUACGCAGAAACAUCCAAUGGCAAUGGAUGGCAAUAUUGCGAAGUCCCCUUCUGUUUUCAAGCAUAUGAACGUUCUGCUGUCAAUGGUGACCCGGCAGUAGGAUACCCAGAAUGUCUGCAGACGGAAAUGGGGAAGGAAUACGUGGGGACGGUUAGGAAGACAGAGACAGGGAAGUCCUGUCUCAAGUGGAGUUCCAUGACAUCGUUUUUCGAAUUCUUCAGAAACACCCUGGGCUUUGAUCAGAUGAUAGGUUUUGAUGGUCAUUUCCGAUUUGGGACGCCUGCUUUGCAUGAGGACUUCUGCAGAAACCCGACAUUGAAGGAGCGACCAUGGUGUUUCGUUAAAAGCUCGGGAGAAUGGGAGUUUUGCAACAUCUCCCUCUGCCUCAACUACCCAAACAAGACAGAAUGCAGAUGGACGAAGGAGGGAGAGGAAUACGCAGGAACUCGCAACGUGACGUUGUCCCGGAAACAAUGCCUGUCUUGGAGCUUCUCCAGUUUCUAUAUUGAUUUGUGGCCAAGAUUCCCAGAGGACGUGAGGAACAUCAAUCACAACUUCUGUCGCAAUCCGUUUAGUGCAGGGGCGCCCUUUUGCUUGGUUGCUCAUGAAGAGUUUGAAGACUGUGAUAUCCCUUUCUGCACUUUUCACUACCUCCACUGA